UUUCUGUGUUUAUAUAUUCCUAUGUAUAUAGAUUUAUUUAAACACUGUUCACUGAAAAUAAUCUUGUAUAUUAUAAAUCACCAAUCAUAAAAAAAAAACAUUUUAUGUUAGCUUUGCGACAAUGCCAAUAAAACUGUGACAGAUGAAAAGUGUUAGAUAACCGGUGAAACAGAAAAAUAUAAACAUGGCUCUGCGUACAUAUGGUGAUAAACCUAUAAGUUUUCAAGUUGAGGAAAAUGGGGAAUAUUAUUGUAUUGGAUCUGAAGUGGGCAAUUAUUUACGCCUAUUUCGUGGAUCAUUAUACAAACGUUAUCCUGGAAUGUUUCGGAGAUCCAUUACAAAUGAUGAACGCAAAAAAUUGGUAGAACUUGGUUUAAGUCAACAUGUACUUGCAUCAAGUGUAUCUCUUUUAAGAGCUAGUGAAGUAGAAGACAUUAUUGAGGGUAAUGAUGAUAAAUAUAAAGCUGUAUCAGUACAUUCAACAGAACCUCCAGCUCCUAGAGAAGGAAAAUCAAAAAAGUCAAUGCCUUGGGUGCCUAGUUUACCAAAUAGUUCACAUUUGGAUGCUGUACCUCAAGCUACACCAAUCAAUCGUAACAGAGUACACAAUAAAAAAGUUAGGACAUUUCCUUUAUGUUUUGAUGAUACAGAUCCAUCAGCAAAUUUGGAAAAUGCAGCACAGCAAGAAAUGUUAGUCCCGAUUCGUUUAGAUAUGGAAAUUGAGGGACAAAAAUUAAGGGAUACUUUUACAUGGAAUAAGAAUGAAAGUCUUAUAACACCAGAACAAUUUGCGGAGGUAUUAUGUGAUGAUUUAGAUUUAAAUCCAUUAACCUUUGUACCAGCUAUUGCACAAGCUAUAAGGCAACAAAUAGAAGCUUUCCCACAAGAAACAAUUUUAGAAGAUCAGUGUGAUCAACGAGUUAUAAUUAAAUUAAACAUACAUGUAGGCAAUACAUCUUUAGUGGAUCAAGUAGAAUGGGAUAUGUCUGAAAAAGAAAAUAAUCCUGAAAAAUUUGCAAUGAAACUUUGUGCUGAAUUAGGACUUGGUGGAGAAUUUGUUACUGCUAUUGCUUAUAGUGUACGUGGACAGUUAUCAUGGCACCAAAGAACCUAUGCAUUUUCUGAAGCACCUUUACCCACAGUAGAAGUACCUUUUAGACCACCUUCAGAAGCUGAUCAAUGGGCACCAUUUUUAGAAACAUUAACAGAUGCAGAAAUGGAAAAAAAAAUACGCGAUCAGGAUCGAAAUACGCGGCGCAUGAGACGUUUAGCAAACACUACACCUGGAUGGUAAAACAUGUACAUUACGAGGG